AUGGGAAACAUUGGGGAUUCACGGUCCAUCCUUGGAUCAAAAGACAGCAAUGAUACUAUGGUGGCAACUCAACUAACAGUUGAUCUGAAGCCGGAUUUACCGAGGGAAGCUGAGAGGAUCAAACGGUGUAAAGGGCGAGUCUUCGCACUGGAAGACGAGCCAGAGGUGUCACGAAUGCAGAGCUUUCGCCUGUGUUCAUCUUCCAUAACCCUUCACAGUACUCUUGACGGUACGGUUAAGAAAUACUACCCACCGUGUUUCAUCUUUGGCAGAGCUAAGUAUUUUAAAGGUGGAGGUUUGAUUGACUUUUACGCUCUUACGGAGGUUGUAGGCCCCCGAAAGAAGGUGCCUUGUGAGUGGCUAGAGGCAAUGGGGACGAUCGGAGCCUCCCGAGGUUGGGUCGCUACUCUAAAGAACCGUGUGGUGAGUCUCCACGACGAUAUGAACAUAAGUGCAUCAGUGUCAAACCCAAAACACAUUUCACUGCCUCCUCUUGUAACUUUACCUCGUUGCCAGACCCAGACUGUAACCAGCGUGGCCAUGUCCUCUUCUUCUCCGGAGGAAGACGACUGUGUUGUGGCUGUCAAGUUCUUGGGACCCCAACUCAGCCUGUGUAGGCCAGCUCAAGACACCAAGUGGACCAACAUCAGAAUCACAGACCCUAGUUUCUUCACUUCACAAGUCAUGUUUUCCCAGAGAGACCAGGUGUUUUCUUUGCCCGCUUCUGGAGGCGGCCACAUAGGAUCAUGGGAUCUCCAAAAACACAGGGACAAACCCAAUUUGCAAAAGUUACAUUUUCGAAACCUUCCCAGUUUGAGAAAGACGGAAAGGGAGCUUUUGGAUUCCACUUAUAAAACCGAACACUUAGUUGAGUCAUCAGACGGCGAGACUUUCCUUGUUAUUUGGUACAGGUGCCAUACCGACGAUAUGUCGGAUUUUGAAACCAAAGGUUUCAGGGUGUUCAAGCUGGAUGGGGAAGGAAACGCCUUUUACACUAAAGACCUUGGAGAUCUUUGCAUUUUCAUAUCAAAGUCGGAGCCUUUCUGUGUCCCUACUAGCUAUUUACCUCACCUUGAAAGAAACUUCAUCUAUUACGUCGAUGUCCACGAGUAUGAGUCAAUGAUAUUUGUCGAAUUGGGAGGUUUCGGUCUGCAGGAUAGCACAUGGAACUAUUCACAGCCCCACACGUUUAAGGUCCCUUACUAUUUUCCACCUCAACCUAUCUAA